UUUGUACUUUCUUAUGAUUGGUGUUUUCCUUUUUUUGUUUAGAUACAGUGAAAUACAUUACUAUCAUGAUAGUAUUAAAAAUUGAAACAGCUACGCUGGAACAGACCACACCCCCACAAAGGAGACUCAUUAAACAACAUCGGGAAUGCUUAUUUAAGCAUUAGACACUCUGACAAGGCAAUGGAAUAUCAUGAAAACAGAUUGGAAAUGAGAAAGGAAAUUUAUGGAGAUCAACCACACAGUGACAUAGCAGCCUCACUGGACAACAUUGGAAAAGAAUAUAACAAUAAAGGUGACCUCAAAAGAGAUAUUAAACAUCAUGGAGAAAGUUUGACCAUGAGGAGUAUUCUUUAUGGUGAUCAGGAGAAUAUUGGAAAAGUAUACAGUGAUAAAGGUGAUUCCACCAAAGCUGCUAUAUAUCAUGAAGAGAGUAUGGCAAUUAGAAGGCAAUGUCAUGGGGAUCAACUCCAAGCUGACACAGAAGCCAAACUGGGGAAUGCUGAUAAUGACAAAGAGAGGAAUGAGAAGGCAAAAAUAGCAACAUUAAAGAUCCAAAAAGCAAAAGGUUACCAAGGUAUAUCUGGUCACAGUAAAAAGCAAAAGAGCAAAGCAAAGCACAGAGAAGCAUUACGAGGCAGUAUCGGUAAUAAAUUUGAGGUAGGAGAAAACACCAGAGACACUAAUGAACAGAGCAAGGUUGAUUCUAAUCUUACAAAAGAAGCUAUAGAUACUACUAAUCGUACAUCUGACCUCUUUCAUUUAGUUAAUGAUACCAAAAGGAUUUGUUCAUUAUUGAGUGAUGAGACUGCAGCAGAUCUAGCAAACAUAGAAAACUGCUUCUUACAAAAACUUGACACUCUUGAAAAUCAAAUUGAAGUAGACACAACAGAACACCGACAUAAACUUGUUAUAAUAAAGGACACAGUUGAUCUUACCUUUGAAAAGGAAGAAAUAUUUAACAAAGUGAUUAAAGUAUUGCAAGAAGAAUCACAAUGGAUAAAAAGCAGAUUGGCGAACUUAGAAAGUGGAAUCCAGAAACAUUUCUUCCAAGUUCUGAAAAACCUGUUUGUCCAGCACCAACGCACUGAUAAGUUCAUCACUCGUCAGGAAGAUUCAAUCAAGCAGUUGGAUACAGCUAUGGCUGACUCUCAACUAGCAGUGCACAAUGGAAUCAUGAUACUACCAAUAGAAGAUUUCCAGGCAAAAUUUCAAGCAGCAAAAGUCAGAGAUCCAGCAAGUAUAACAUCACCAGCUUUCUACACAAGGAGAGGGGGCUACAAGUUGAAAAUCAGGGUCUACCCGAAUGGUGAUGGACUCGGUCUUGGAACGCAUGUGAGCAUUUACAUAAUGAUGUGUAAGAGUCCGUUCGAUGCGCUCCUCCCCUGGCCAUUCAACCAGAAAAUAACCCUAGGGAUCAUGAACCAGACUGACUCAAAGAAAGACUACAUGGAUGCCUUUAGACCUAACAAAGCACUCAACACCUGGGGGAAGCCUGUUGCUGAAAGCAAUGUGCCUACUGGAAUACCAAAGUUCCUUGACCUAGCAACAGUACUUGACCCAAGUCAGGGUUAUGUUGUAGAUGAUACUAUGUAUGUGAAGGUUAUUGUUGAACAGGAGCCCAAAACACCCUUGUCAGCUUUUCUUGGAUACAAAGAAAUAGAAGAACAGUGAACUAAGAAUCAAUGCCACAACAUAGGCCCUACAUUUAGAUCCCACAUUUUUGGUUGAACAGUUACAUUAUUAUCAAAUCAGAAACUUAAUAAUACUCCAAUUCACGAUAAGAGUUCAGGUGGUAAUUUACAUAAAUAUAUCCCAUGAUGCAUCGCUUUGGAAGGGAAAAUUUUCAUUGGCCCGACGAACAAGUCGAUUACUCUGAACGUAACAUCCGGAGAUUGCAAAGUCAAAGGUCACGAUCCGCUAACUUCCUUGGUCAAUGAUUACAUCAUAGCGUAUGUAGGCCCUAUAGCAUCAAAAUGGCGAACGAUUACUCGAACAAAAUUUCAACAAAUUCUGAUAAAACUAGCGUGAAUCUUGACAAAAUGACAGUGUUUCAGCUUCCGAUCUUCCAUCAGCCCUCAAGCAUAGUUAUAUGAUCUAAUCUAUUCAAUAAUCAGAAAGAUAAUCUGAGAUUCAAAGUAACAUUACUUAUAUUUUUUCGAUAUUCAAUGGCGUCUGAGCAAUUUCUUGGAAAUCAGUGACGUCACUGGAAUUAGACGGCAUUUUAAACUACAGAUUUCUUCGGAUUUGGGGAUUAUAGUUCAAAAAGCUUUGUUGUAUAACAUAAUGUAUAUGUUGUAAAUAUAUGUUGUAUAAAAAGCUUUGUUGUAUAUAGCGGCAUUAAAAAUCGCACCCCUGUGUAAUCCAAUGGGAAAGAAACCGGAUGUAGACGAAGUUGUACAAUACAUGAGAGCUCUUCAAACGUGAGGUAAUUAAACUGAACUAAGCUAAACUUUAUUCAUUUAAAUAUUUCUUCAUUCAACAUUUCAUUUUCGAAAGGGCAUUUCAAUAUUUCUCUGGAUGCAUAUUUAUAGAGUCAUCAAACUCAACAAACCAAGAUGAAUUAAUUGCUGAGAUUAAAGGCACAAAGCAGAGGAUUUAGUAUAGUAAACUGUGUCAAGAAAUACUUAGUUAUAUCACAAUUAUCACAUAUGUACACAAAUUACAAAAUUGCAC